AUGUGCUACAAUUGUGGCCAACCGUUCAACGGGCGUCAUCGUCGUUAUUGUCCGGCAAUUGAUGUGGUUUGUGCUGGAUGCGGUCGGCGUGGUCAUUUCAGAAAGUACUGCAAGGCAACGAAAUACGAUAACAAGAACAGCAACCGAACUGGCAAUAACAGAGGCAGUAACCAGACUAUAUCAGCGCCAUCGUCGAGCACAUCGAAGUAUGAUGCGAAGCAAAGAGAUAAUGUACACAUGUUAAACUGGACCGAUGCAGUUGCAAAUAAACGGUACUUUAACGUGGUAGAUUACAGCUCAAACGAAAUAAAAAUUCAUGGCCAGGUAAAACUAGAGUGUGUAGAUGAUAGUAAAGGAACAAUUCAUUCUGCUGAGUUCCUCGUUGUGGACGAUUCUUUUGAGCCGUUACUGGGGCUUGGGUCAUGCAUUGCCUUCGGGCUUAUAGGACGUUUGAAUAGCCUUCAGUCCUCAAUGUCAUUUCCUGCUGAAAGAGAAAAGUUCAUUGAAGCUAAUUCCGAUGUUUUUGAAGGAUUAGGAAAGCUUCCAGGUACUCGUACUAUUGUACUUAAAGACAAUGUUGUUCCGUCUUUACAUUACAAAAAACGUAUCCCAAUGAGUUUGCAUGAACGCCUUAAAACGGAACUUGGCACUAUGGAAGCUCAGGGCAUUAUCAGUCCGGUCGAUUAUCCAACAGAUUGGGUUAACAAUAUGCAGAUUGUAGAAAAGCCUAACGGUACUUUACGCAUUUGUCUGGAUCCAAAACCCCUAAAUGCUUGUAUCAAGAGAGAGCAUUAUCUCAUCCCAAAGUCUGAGGAUCUGCUUAGCCGUAUGUCAGGAAAACGUGUAUUCACUGUGUUGGAUCUUCGUAAUGGUUUUUGGCACAUGGAAUUGGAUCGACAAAGUUCGGAUCUAACUACAUUCAUGACCCCGUUUGGCCGGUUUCGCUGGAAUCGUCUUCCGUUUGGAAUAAGCAGCGCGCCAGAACUUUUUCAAAAACGCAUGGUUCAAUUGUUUGGGGAUAUUCCUGGGGUAGAAGUAUACUUCGACGAUGUUGCUAUAGCUGCAAAGAAUCUGGAAGAACAUGACAAAACGUUAGCUAUUGUUCUCGAGCGGGCGAGGAAAAAUAAUAUAAAGUUCAACUCAGUUAAAACACAAUACAGAUCUGACACUGUCAAGUUCAUGGGUCAUGUGAUGUCUGACGGCAAAAUAUGGCCUGAUCAAUCAUAUAUAACUGCAAUUACCGACAUGCCAAAACCGAAGACAAAAUCCGACAUUUUCAGGCUACUUGGACUGCUGAAAUAUUUAGGGAAAUUCAUUCCUAAUCUAUCCAAGCGCACAGCCGCAUUAAGAGAACUGUCUCGAAACGAUGUCGAGUGGUCAUGGACUGAAGUGCAUGACCGCGAACUCGGAGAUCUUCAACGUUCGAUAACUAGUGCACCGAUUUUAGCCAUAUUUGAUCCAGAUAAACCAGUUGUUGUUCAAACCGAUAGUUCGAAAGAUGGACUAGGAAGUGUACUAAUCCAAGAUGGAAUGCCUGUGGCCUAUGCAUCUCGCACCCUAUCCAAAAGCGAACAAAAAUGGGCUCAGAUUGAAAAGGAGCUUCUUGCAAUCGUGUUUGCUUGUGAACGGUUCCAUUUCUUUCUGUACGGUCGCGCGUUUUUGGUGCAAUCAGAUCAUAAACCCCUCGAGUCCCUGGUGAAACGUGAUAUAGACGACGUGACACCUCGUCUCCAAAGAAUGUUCCUACACUUAUUGAAGUACCCUGGAAUUUGUAUAAAAUACACCCCUGGCAAGGAUAUGCUAGUGGCUGAUUGUCUUUCUCGAGCAGCCCUUUCUGGACAUGGGGAUUUAAGUGAGGAACUGUCUGGUAUGAUCCAUGCAAUAUCUCAAAAUGUGUGUCUAUCACCGGACAAUUAUAAACUGUACGUGGAAACAUUGGAUAAUGAUGAACGUUACCGUCGCAUUAUUGGAUAUGUGGAGCAUGGCUGGCCGUUUUACCACCAAUUGGAUGAUCUUAGUCAGCUGUUCUAUAAGCAUCGUCACCUAUUACAUUAUGAGAACGGAUUGUUAUUUAAGGAGCAUCGUCUAGUUAUUCCGACAUCGUUACAAUCAACAAUAACUAAGUGGCUUCACGCACCUCAUUUAGGAGUGGAAAAAACUCUGGCUCGCGCUAGAUCACAAUUCUUUUGGCCAGGAAUGUCAAACGAUAUUAGUGAAUUUGUUAAAGGAUGUAGUGUUUGUGAAAAGUUUACUCGUAAUAUUCAAAAAGAACCACUCCAUCAAGGCUCUCCUCCAAACUAUCCAUUUCAGUGUGUUGGUAUCGACUUGUACGAAUAUGCAGGCCACGACCAUGUUGUGAUUGUUGAUGCUUAUUCAGGAUUUGUCAUCUCAAGACAGUUGGGUGAAAAAUCUGCCCGCCAUGUGAUUAAUGUGCUUGAUCGUGUUUUUUGUGAUUAUGGAUAUACUACACAAAUCAGGAGUGAUAAUGUCCCGUUUAAUUCGUCUGCGUUUGACUCGUAUGCUAACAAGUGCAACAUUGAAUUCAUAUUUUCAAGCCCUCGAUAUCCACAAAGCAAUGGCUUAGCAGAAAAGGGAGUAGCUAUUGCGAAGAACAUCCUCAAAAGGUGUUAUGAAGUUGGUGAUGUUGAAUCUUUUCGGUAUCGUUUGCUCGAAUACAAUACCACUCCAGUAGAUAGUAUGAACCUUUCCCCCGCUCAACUGUUCUUUGGGCGCCAACUCAAGUCUCGUCUUCCUACGUCCAGUGAAUUGCUAGUCCGUAAUAAUUUGAAAGAGGAUCAUGUCGCAGAAAGGAUUAAUCGUAAGCGCAGGAAUCAAAAGCAUUACUACGACCGUUCAUCGAAACCAUUACCUGUCUUGGAAAUCGGUGAGAAUGUGAUUUUUAAAAAGAACGGCAAAGAGUGGCACUACGGACAAAUAGUUCGGAUUGUUAACAACCGACCAUACAUUGUGAGGGAUUGUUACGGGAAUCACUUCCGACGAAAUAGGCGAUUCAUUGCUAAAACAAUAAACAAAGACAAUAACACUAGUGAUUUGCUGUAUGAAGAGCACUUUACAAAGUAUUUGAACCGUCCUGAUCAUCCAGCAAGAACGAUUGUUACGCCAUCUCUUUGUACUGAGCAUUCUGAGCAGGAUCAUCAGCCUUCUGUAAGUAACGAGCUACAGGAUGUUGAAUGUUCAGAGUCACGGUCGCCUGAUUCAUCGCUAUGUCUUGAAACCGACAGUUUCUACUCAGCAGAUGACUCUGAAAUACCUAGUGAUUCUGAACUAACCAAUGCUAUGUCUGACUCAGAAGGGUCAUCUUUGAAUAAUGCCUAUAAAACGCGCAGUGGACGAGUACUCACGUGUUGUGGACCGCACAGGAAACGACCGAUCGGCAGCUCGAUUGCAUCAGAUGUACUUUUAAGACUCGCUGGCAGGUUCGGAUUCCUAUCCAUGCGGCAAUCCGGUCAGGACCAGGCUGAGUUUGGAUCGGCGAUGCAGUGA